AUGCAGGCUACCACUCCACUCGAUCCUCGUGUACUUGAUGCAAUGAUGCCAUAUCUCACCAAUCAAUAUGGUAAUCCACAUUCAAAAACACACGCAUAUGGAUGGGAAACGGAAAAAGCGGUAGAAACGGCUAGAACUCAUGUGGCUGAUUUGAUUGGUGCCAAUUCAAAGGAUAUCAUCUUUACUUCUGGUGCAACUGAGACUAACAAUAUGGCUAUCAAAGGUGUUGGUCGGUUCUACAAAGAACGUAGACGGCAUAUCAUCACAACACAGACUGAACAUAAAUGUGUUCUAGAUUCAUGCCGAGUCUUGCAAGAUGAAGGUUUCGAUGUCACUUACUUACCUGUCCAAGCCAACGGAUUGAUUGACCUCAAAGAAUUCGAAGCAGCCAUCCGAGAAGAUACCAUUCUUGUUUCAAUCAUGGCAGUGAAUAAUGAAAUCGGAGUGAUUCAACCCUUAAAAGAGAUUGGACAAAUCGUUCGAAAACACAAAGGAGUCUUCUUUCAUACAGAUGCAGCACAAGCCGUUGGAAAGAUUCCCAUAGAUGUAGAUGAGAUGAAUAUCGAUUUAUUGAGUAUGAGUUCUCAUAAGGUUUAUGGUCCAAAAGGAAUUGGUGCGGCUUAUGUUCGUAGAAGGCCUAGGGUUAGGUUAGAACCUAUCAUGAGUGGUGGUGGUCAAGAACGUGGUCUUAGAUCAGGUACUGUACCUGCUCCUUCGGUUGUUGGAUUCGGUGAAGCUUGUAGGAUUGCCAAGAUUGAACUUCAGAAUGAUCAUGAUCAUGUGAAAAGUCUUUCGGACCGAUUACACCAACAGAUCUUAUCAAGAUGUACUCAUAUCGUUCGAAACGGAGAUCCAUUAGGAUAUCCAGGAUGUUUAAAUUUAUCAUUUGAAUAUAUCGAAGGAGAAUCACUUUUGAUGGCAUUGAAAGAUGUAGCUUUAAGUUCAGGUAGUGCAUGUACAAGUGCAUCAUUAGAACCGAGUUAUGUUUUAAGAGCAUUAGGUGCGAGUGAUGAGAAUGCUCAUAGUUCACUUAGGUUUGGGAUCGGUAGGUUUACAACGGUUGAAGAGAUUGAUUAUGUGGCUGAAAAGAUUGCUAAGGUGGUGAAUCGGUUGAGAGAUAUAAGUCCGUUAUGGGAAAUGGUACAAGAAGGAAUUGAUUUGAAAUCGAUUGAUUGGUCUCAACAUUAG